AUGCCGCCGCGAUGGAAGCCCCAACGGACUCCCACCUCCUGGGACCCCGUUCCGCAACAUAGUCUGAGCUUGUUCAGAGUCCCUCACAAGGUAGGUGCAGCGCGGUUCGCCGGAACCUCAAGAGUGAAAGACCGAGCUGAACACCUCACACAGCUAGACUUGACGCCGGCUGCAAUGCCGACCGAGGAUGGUGAAAUUGACGGCGCUGAAAAGACGGCCGUCACUACACGAAGCAGUCAACUCAAGCCGCCUCAUCAACCCACCGCCAGUUUAGCGGCGCUGCCUCCGGAAAUCGUACUCGAAAUCGCCAGCUACCUCCACCCGGUCGACCGCAUCUGUCUCGCCCUGACGUGCAAGUCACUCCUCUCCUGCACGCUGCGGACCCUCCGCUGCACCCGCGCCGACUGGGUCUUCUUCCACGACCGCGGCUACAGCCGCUGUCUCCAUCCGCAAACACCGAUGCUGUACGAGCGCCUGGCCCACGGCUGGGUGCCCAAGGAUCGCUUCCGCUACUGCAACCACUGCUACAAGAUCCUGCCGCGCUGUCCCGAAUACUUCAAGCAACGCCUGCGCCGGCAGCGGAAACCCAAAUACGACGUCCGGGUCGCGUGCACGGGCGUCAGCGAGAAGCAGUGGAACUCGAUGAGCAAGAAGAAGAGAUACGCCCACUUGCUGCACAAUUGGUGCCACUCGGAGAAAAAGGGAGACAGCAUCGAUUACUUCUGCGCGUAUUGUCGUGAGAAGAUGGCCCGGGAGGGGCGAGACUGCGAGAUGGAUUGCGAGCUCCCAGGCAGCUGUUCUACCGCCGAGGAAGCCGUGGUUCAGGAAGGCGCUGGGCAGGUGUUGCAAGCACCUUUGGCUGCCCCUGGAGUUGCUGGCUUAUUGGACGCUUUUCUGCUGCGUGUGGGGCCUCAACUUUGUGUAUGA